GCCUUGUCAUUGCUCCUAGACACAGAGAAAACCUUUCUUUCCUCACUCUCCGAACCGAGCCUCUCACACCCAAAAGUUACAGGAUGGGCAUAAACCCUCUGACCUAGGUUUUAAAAUGUAACAGAUCCUGUCGCUCACUGAGAUAUUCCACAUUAAGGUUCCUUCCUCAAAUCCUUUACUUCGUGUAUACUUCCUGAACCUUGAUCAACACUGUCAGUAGGCAUAUUUUUUUAAAUUAUAAUUUUUUUUUUUGUAAUAUCAUGGGCAGAGUCCAAGUGCCUGGCUUACAUCACUCCUUGUUGUUCAGCUGUCAGUGUUGGUCUUUAAGCAUCCAUGAUUAACACCUGCCAAUUUGUUAUCUAAUGUGACACCAUGCCACGGCUCUUAGCAAAUAGCUCAGCGGAUUGUAUCAUACUUUGCUACCAUCCAUUCGUUUAGCCUUAGUCUGCACUCUUGCUAGUGUGAUCUUGAUCCUUGAUUUAGUAUUUUUUCACCUACGUUAGCACCUUUAGACAAGUUCCUCACUGACUAGUCUCUACUCUUCUACUGCUCCCAUCAUUCCCUUUCUAACUCUUUAUACACUGUCAUGUGGUCCACCUUCGUCGUGCAGGACGAGGAGGCCAGGUCCACAGCCAUAUCUGGUAGAGGUACUGAAGCACUAUCAGGAAUGAUAGCUGUGCGAACCGGAGGUGGAGGCAAGAGGCGGACAAGAGCACCCACAGCUUCCCUAAGUGAGCAUCAGGGAGGCAAGAUCAAGCUAGCGCUCUUUGUGGCUGCAGUGGGCAUCACGCUGACUGUUCUUGGGGUGGGCACAGAGUUCUGGGUGGAGCUGGCCUCAUCAAAAAACUUUUAUAACAAUGAGACAUGCCUGUCUGCACACUAUGGCUUGUGGAAGAGCUGUAUGAAAAGGCUCUGGGUCGCGGAUGUCGACCCUGAGAGGGAAACCUGUGGGCCUAUCGACCUACCUGGAGAAUCAAACUGCACCUAUUUCAAGAUAUAUACAACUGGAGAAAACACAGUCCUGUUUCACAAAAUGCCAGCAAAGAAUUUGACUGUAAUCUCUGCCAUGUUGGCUAUCUUAAGUCUUUUUCUGAUGGGGACGGGAGCUGUUUGCAUUGUCAUGGCAUUAAGCAAAGGCGAGCAGUUCUUCCUGAAGCCAGCGUCCGUCUGUUUCACAUUAUCAGGUCUCCUGGUUUUCCUGUCUCUCAUUGUUUUUCGUCAGUCAGUCCUUUCAUUUUUGGAAAGUGACCACACCAUACCAUUGCACCAUGAACUGUCAUGGUCAGUAGCAUGUAUGGGAUGUGCUGGCAUCUUAUUAAUCAUUGCAGGGGUUUUAUUCCUGUUUCUUGCACUACCAUACAGCAUUUGGGAAAAAUGUCUGCCUAAGAGGGAACACUGACAACUUGUGACAUGGGCCCUUUGUAAUUUUUGGUACUGAUCAAAUUCUUUUCACUGCAGUGGCUCAAUCUUAAAUAAGUUAAAUAAGCUGCCUGGGAAACAAAGUUAAAAAAAAUCCCAUUGUGUAUUGGUUUGUUUUUGUCAGAUAUUAGUGUACAUUUAUGAGAUUGUGAGAUAUUAAUACAGUAUAUACUGAUCUCGAUUACACUGAUUGUAUUCUAGUGUGACUCUUGUUUUUGGCAAUGUACCAGUGAAGUGUAUUAAGAUUGAAUAAGGGUUAAAAGGAUCAUUUGUUUUUCACAGCUUAUGAUUUGUGAUCACUGUACAUGGGCGAAAUGAGGCAUAAAAUGAUAGCAUUGUGUAAUUUUGAUAUUUAUUCAUGACCUUGUGAUAAAAUGUAUAAAGCAGAUGGGUUUUAAUGAAUAUAUUAAGAGUGGACAUGAAACUGCAACAUCCACUCUAACUGACAGCACUUACAGCACAUAUAUCUGUUGAGUUUUCUUAAAAAUAAAAUCCUAUGAUCAUGCUGUAUUUUUAAAUCUUUUUCUAAGUAAAUAUGCUAGUUUUGUGCUCACAUAUGUGUCAUUUGAUUUCUUGCUAGUUUGGGUGAAUGCAAACUAUUUUGUAUAAUGUGUUGCUCUGACUGGUCACACAGUGGGAUCAUCCAUAAAAACAAAAACAUCAAACAA